AUGAUGGAUUCUGCUCCGAUAACAAAGGAUGAAGUGGUUGAUGGAGCUAAUGAACAAAAAACGGGAGAAACUGGAACUGAAACAGCAAUGGAUGUAGAUGUUCAGAAAAUAACAGUACAACGUGAAAUCGAUGAUGAGAUCAAAAUAUUACCAAGCAAUGAAGAAACGUGGAUGAACCUUCGCUUUGACACAAAAGAUCAUGGAUUGCUGUGGUACAAAGGCUAUGCACAUGAUAAGGGAUUUUCUGUUAGAGAAACAGGAGGGGUUAAGAGAACAAGCAAUAACAAACCGUGUGGAGUUGUAAGAUAUUUUGGGGGUAGAUGCAAUAAGGAAGGUUGGCGAAAAGGUAGUGCAAAUAAUCCAGCAAAUGACGACCAUGUUGACCAACAACCUAGAAGCAGAAUCACCAAAGAGGAUAGAUGGGAUUGCAAAGCAGUGAUACGCUUCCAGCUUGAAGACAGUUCCCAAAAAUACUACAUUUCAAGCUGGUUAGACGAGCAUAAUCAUAAGAUGAUCCCACCAUCAUCAAGACAAUUCAUGAGAUCAAAUAGAACGAUGAAUGAAGUGCAAAAGUUCUUGAUUGACAUGUAUCACAAAGCUGGAAUAUCGAUACAAUCAUCAUUUCAAGCAUUAUGCUUGGCUGCCGGAGGAAGAGAAAAUGUUGGCUUCACACAAAUGGACCACAAGAAUUAUAUCCGUACUAAAAGGCAAAAAAUAAUGAAGUUUGGGGAGGCAACAAUGAUUUAUCAUCAUUUCAAAAGUGAAGCUUCAAUGGACCCAGCUUUCUUUUAUGAGAUCCAAGUUGACAUCAAUGAAGAAAUUGCAAAUCAGCAAAGAAAUCCUAUUGAUAAGAGGAUUGUUAUGGUUGACUUUGUGGAGCGUAAGCUGAUUUGCUCAUGCAAGAUGUUCGAGAAGUGUGGAUGGCUUUGUCGCCAUGUGUUGCGCGCAAUAGAUCACCUCGGCUAUGGAGGACACCCAGAAAUCUUGAAUAUUCACACACGCUACAUAUUAAAGAGGUGGACAUAUGAUGCAAAAUCUGGAGAUUUCACACUACCGGCAGUACAAGAUACAACAGAGAGGGUGUACUGUUCAAGGGUGAAACAACUUACUGGAUCCAUGAAUUUGUUUUCAACACGCACUUGUAUGGAUGAUGACAUAUACAAGAUGCUUGAGGAAGGAAUGCAAGCAUUGAAGAUUCGUGCUGAAUCCAUGAUGCCUGCCAUGAAGUUUGGCCAGCCUAGCACAAGCACAGAAGCAGAAUUGAAUCCAGCAAGUUCAGAGAGUGAACCGCAUUGGGCGAAAGCAUUAAAAGUCAGGACUGAUCCAUUUAAAUCAAGGACAAGGAGGAAGAAUCGAAUUGAAAUCAUUCGAGAAAGGAGAAGACAAACAAAGUUACAAGAAAGGGCAACGGAAGGAAAGUAA